ACUGCACACAAACUAUCUACCAAUUAUCAUGGAUCCCAUACUGGGCGGUUCCGCCUCACCUGCCGACGAUAUUAACUCAGCCGCUCCCGCCGCCGCCGCCGAGUCACAGUGGGCCUUCACACAGCAGUACCAUCACCUCCUGGACAAGUCUACUCCGUACGUGCUCUACCGGUGGAUUGCGUUCCUCUUCAUCGCAUUCGUGUAUCUGUUGCGGGUGUACCUGAUCCAAGGGUUUUACGUGGUGACCUAUGCACUCGGCAUCUACAUUCUUAACCUCAUCAUCGGGUUUCUUUCGCCACAGGUCGACCCGGAGUUCUCAGACGGUCCGACCCUCCCCACUCGAGGCUCCGACGAGUUUCGACCUUUCGUUCGCCGCCUUCCAGAGUUCAAAUUUUGGUACUCGAUCACCAAAGCCUUCUGUAUCGCUUUUGUGUUGACAUUAUUCAGCAUUUUUGAUGUGCCUGUUUUUUGGCCAAUUCUCCUUUUCUACUGGAUCAUUCUUUGCAUGCUUACUCUGAGGAGACAGAUUCAACAUAUGAUAAAAUACAAAUAUGUUCCAUUUUCCUUUGGAAAGCAGAGGUAUAACAGAAAAAGUGCACCAUCAGCUGAUAACGAAGGCCUUUCCUCUUAGAUGAAUUUUGCUGGUAAUCAGGGCUAGCUUUUGAGGACGCUAUCACCAGUUAUCAUCAAGUUCCCAGAGACAGCGAUCAUACUGAACUUUGUUUCCUUAGAAUGUGUAAAUAUCAUCCACGUUGAAUCAAGAAGUUGUAUACUGGUAAUGACCGGUUUGUUGUUCGAAGAAAUUUUUUUGGACUCUCUUGGGAAAUGCAUAUUGGUUAGGUUUUUAUUAUGUGAAAUUUUGAAUCAUAUCGUUCCAGUUCUUUAUGACAUUGGGCUUUCGAAAUUUCCCUUGAAAUA